UCAUUCCUACGCUCAUGUUCUGAUGCCUGCCUAUGCAGAUACAUAUGCCACGACAACUAAUGAUGGCCCUGUUAUACUCACAAUAGACGGUAUAAAUGAAGAAGACUGCGAAGUUGACUACACAAUGGAUAUGGACCAUAGUUUGGAUGAGGAGGCCAUAAAUGUCGUAGCAGAUGUUAGAAACAAUAACAGCAUAAGAAACGACACUACUAUGGAUAACUUGAUGGCUGUGGAUGUACAGACAGAUUCUCGGAUAUUCCCAUCCAGUUUGCUUGUUUUGGAUACCAACGUACUCAUAUCAAAGCUAGACACUUUGAAAUCCCUUCAUGAACUUCUAUUAAAGCAAAAUCCCGCACCUUUUGGGAUCAUUAUACCCGAUAUCGUCAUACGUGAGUUGGACGCCCAAAAGGACAGCAGUAGGAGUAUAUCCAAAUACUCAAGAGCUGCCCUUAGUUGGUGUGUCGAUUGUGCAAGAUCUCGUACGAGUUUGGUAAAAUUCGAGAGAAGUUCGUUAGUCAAUGCGGAAAACGAUGACAGGAUACUAGGAUGUGCAUCAGACCUCCAAACCCGUGCCGUUGUUUUAUUAUUGACGAAUGACAACUCCCUAGCCAUCAAAGCUGAGAGCCUUGGUAUACAGACAAUGUCAACUAGCGACGAUGAAAUGCGUCAUCUUCGGGGAAUAGCAGGCGAUAACUCACUCUCUGCAUCGAGACACUCUUGCUAGCUUAAUUAAUUAGACUAUUAACAAUGUACAAAAGUAAUAUAAAUAUAAACAUGUAGACUUA